AUGACGAGUCCAGCGCGAGCGCCGUCGCCUGAUGGCACAGUGAAGAAAACCGACACUAUGGGCACCAUUGAGGAGCCUGUCACAUUGAAAGGAUAUGGCUCUGCCCCGGGUGUUAUUGACGAGGUGACCCGAGUCGUCGACCAUAAAGCUGAACGACGUCUCUGUCGGAAGUUUGACUAUCGCUUGCUCCCUAUCCUCGCGGUCAUGUAUCUAUUCAAUGCGCUAGAUAAGGGGAAUCUGGGAAAUGCAGAAACUGAUGGGAUGAGCAAGGAUCUGAACUUCAAGCCGAAUGAGUAUAAUCUCCUCUUAUCAAUCUUUUUCGUUCCAUUCGUGAUCUUCGCACCGCCCUUUUCGAUGCUCGGAAAGAAGUUCAGUCCAGCGCGCGUACUUCCAAUCCUGAUGUUCUCAUUUGGUUCCUUCACCAUCCUCUCGUCCGCCGCCUUCAAUUUUAGCGGCAUGUUUGCCUUGCGCUGGUUCCUGGGCAUGUCCGAGGCUGCAUUCUUCCCACUGGUCAUUUACUACUUGACCACAUUUUACCGUCGUGGCGAGCUGGCUCGUCGUCUGGCUAUUUUCUACGCUGCGUCGAACAUCGCAAACGCGUUUUCCGGACUCAUUGCAUUCGGAGUAUUCCAGAUCGAGGGAUCUAAUCUCCCCAAUUGGCGCUACCUGUUCAUUAUUGAAGGUGGCGUCACUGUUCUCUUCGCUGUAUUUGCAUUCCUAUAUCUCCCACGGAGUGCCGCCGAGGCCAAGUUCUUAUCUGACGAGGAGAAGGCACUAGCCUUCCACCGAAUCCAAGUUGAUUCCAGUGCAGUGGUCAAUGAGGAGUUUAGCUUUCGCGAGGCCCUUGGCAUUUUCAAGCACCCCACUACAUACGCUUUCUUGUGCAUUGAAAUCUGUCUCGGUGUGCCGUUGCAGGGUGUUGCGCUAUUCAUGCCGCAGAUCGUGGGCCGGUUGGGUUAUCCCACCGUCAAAACCAACCUGUACACAGUUGCACCAAAUGUGACAGGAGCAGUCAUGCUGCUCGUUCUAGCCUUCUCCUCUGAUUGGACCAGACUCCGAUCACCAUUCAUCGUUCUGGGCUUCCUGUUCACUUUCUCCGGAUUCAUGAUCUAUGCAUCCAUCGAUGAUGUCCAGAAUAACCUCCAGGUCGCCUACUUCGCAACUUUCAUGAUGACUUGGGGAACAUCCGCCCCAUCCGUCAUGCUCAGCACAUGGUAUAAUAAUAACAUCGCCCACGAGGGCCGUCGUGUACUGUUGACCAGUAUCGGUGUGCCAUUGGCCAACUUGAUGGGCUUAGUGAGCAGCAAUUUGUUCCGGAAGCAAGAUGCACCCAAGUAUAUGCCCGCGCUGAUUAGCGUUGCUGCAUUUGGUGCUACUGGCGCUUGCUUGACAGCUGCACUGGCAUUCUACAUGAUAAUUGAUAACAAACGACGCGACCGUCGUGAUGGAGUCACGCUCCGGGCGCGGGAUAUUCCGACGGAGCGAAUGAGAGAUGGACCGGCAUCUGUUGAGUUCCGAUGGUUUUUGUAA